AUUCGUGACAUUAGACCAAAUUCCAAAAAUCUGGUUGUUCAAUUUAUUGUGCUCGAUAUAGGCAAACCGACGAGGACAAAGGAUGGCCAUUGUGUUCGUUCGUGCAGAGUGGCAGAUAGGACAGGUUCGAUAAACAUUUCGAUCUGGGACGACAUUGGGGAGCUACUCCAACCUGGUGACAUCUGUCGACUCACAAAAGGUUAUGGAUCUGUGUGGAAAGGAUGUUUAACACUCUACUGUGGAAAAGGUGGAGACCUGUACAAACUUGCAGAAUUUGCAAUGUUAUUCAGUGAACUUCCAAACAUGAGUGAUCCAUCAGCUGAUUUC